AUGUUGCAUCAUGAAUCUUUCGACCACAAAGAGAGGGAAGCGUUAGAGAGGAGCAAGCAGACCAUCGCUGAUCUACAGGCAGAGAUCUUCAGUCUGAAGAAUAUUCUCAGACAGCAGGAAGCUCGACAAGAGGCGGAGAGUGCCCAAGUUGCCAUCAAAUCAGAGCAAUGCGAGGCGAAAGAGAAACAAUUAUCGGAAUCACAAGAUGAGAUCAACAAACUCAAGAAAAGCUUAAAGAAUGCCGAAGAGGAAGUAUCGACGGCGAAUUCAAAGAUUCGAAUCUUGUCGCAUCAACUAGAGGCGUUGAAGAAGACCAAACAAAGUCCGGAGAAGGACUCAAAUCUCUCCGAAAGAUGCAUGGAGGCCGAGGCAAAAGUGAACGCCCUCAUUGAUGUAUAUUUUCCGAAGUUGAUGACCUCAGCGUUUUCAUACGAUUUCAGCUUAUCGACUAUUUUUGAUGUCUGGGCCCAGCACAUGAAAGUUCGAAAUAAAGUCAAAUUUGGCAAGUUCAGGAUUCUCAAUCGGUUCAAGUUCAAAGUGUACUUCUAUGGAAAACGACACAGCAUCCAGCCCAUCAAAGAGUUUGAUUUUAUCGCCAGCACGGUCAACACCCUAGAAUUGCUCAAAGGGGCAUAUCAUACGAAUAGGCUUACCUUGACAACUCCGAGAGGACCGGGAGGGCAGGACAACAGCAAUGAACUGAUAGUCCAGGACAAGUCGAUGACUUCGAAUGAUCGAUCGAUUCAUUCAAAAGGAGACACUUCCCCUGGAAACACUGACGAGGGACCGUUGGAUUGGAUUUUCAAGUACCUUGGAGAGCAAGAGUCAAACAACAAUACUGUCAACAGCCUUCCUGGACCUUCCAAUGGCACAAGUGGGAAAGGCAGUCAGAGUUCUUCACGAUUUAAGAAGAUCAAUUCCUUGGAGACGCCUGCAAAGGCGAUGAUUAUUCCAGAUCACAACGUGUUCAUUGAAGCAGAGCUUGGAUUGCAUGUUCAUAAUCUAGUGGGUGCAAGAGAAAGUCCCCGCAAGAACCAUCUGAGCCUGUCAAGUACACAAGGCACUGCAGCAGCAAAUCAGAGCCAACACUUGACGGUGCAUGAGCUCUCCGCUGAUUGGGAAAAACGAACUUUCACAGCAAGGCGCAGCUACCCAGAAAGCAAGUUGACACCCCGUGGUGAACCCCAAGUGCAGAGCGCUUACGUGAAGUCCGCCCAUGACCUGGAGAGAUUGAAGUUACAACCGGAGCUGAUAGCGCAAAUCUCUUUUCAAAAUCAGUUGCCGAGAGGGUGGAAGAAAUACUACGACGAAGUCAACCAAAUGCCCUACUACUACAAUGAAAUCUUGAAAGUAACGCAGUGGGAAAGACCGCCAGCUACGCGGGGAACGCCAAUCGAAAUUUCCCCAAGCUUGCAGGAUUCAGCGGACGGUUCCAAAGAAGCAGAGGCAGAAAACGGCACCAAGCGAUUCGACAAGAAUGUUUCCCCUGGUGAUGCUUAUGAUGCAAACAAUGGUGGGUCACCCAGACUCACUCCAAGAAGUCCGAUGAGAAAGGCUAACGUGUUGAAUCGUGUUAAUCGUUAG